GGUGGGGAGGCUUGAAGUUUCCAGGGAAAUCAGACCAUGAAAGGGAUGUGGCUGAUGAUAGUUCUGCUGCUUCAUUGUGUGGAGCUGAAAGGAAUUCUGGGAGCACAUGGGAUUUGCUGGUUUAAGACCAGCUGCAUAGAGUGUGUGAGGACCCCCGGCUGUGCUUGGUGUGUAAAGAAGGAUUUCCUGAAGGCAGGUGAACCUAACGAACGACGAUGUGACACCACAGAGGCUCUGAGAAUAAGAAACUGUUCACUUGAAGAGGUGAUAAACCCCCAGCCCACCACAGAAACCAUUCGUGACAAGGAGUUCAGGAGCGGCCCAGGGGCUGUGGUGCAGCUGAGGCCACAGAGCCUCCACCUGAAGCUGAGAGUUGGGGUCCCCCAGACCUUUGAGGUGACAUUCAAACGAAUAGAGGGCUACCCCAUUGACCUGUACUACCUGAUGGACUUCUCCUACUCCAUGAAGGAUGACCUACAGAAUGUCAAGAAGCUGGGCCGGCAGAUCCUCAACACCCUAAGGAAUGUCACUAGCACAGUCAGGAUUGGCUUUGGAUCCUUUGUUGACAAAGUGGCCAUGCCAUACGUGAGCACAGUGAAGACCAAGCUGGCAUAUCCAUGCUCAGCAAGCAGUAAUGGCUCCUGUCAGCCCAACUUCACCUUCAAGAAUGUGCUUCCACUCACUGAGGAUGCUGGAGAGUUUGAAAGGAGAGUCAGCAAGGAGAAAAUAUCAGCCAAUCUGGACCCUCCGGAGUCUGGCUUCGAUGCCAUGAUGCAGGCUACUGUCUGUCAGAAGGAGAUUGGCUGGGGCCAGGUCUCUCGUAUCAUAGUUUACACCUCUGACAACUCCUUCCACAUGGCUGGAGAUGGCAAACUGGGUGGCAUCUACCAGCCCAAUGAUGGGAAGUGUCAUCUCAACAGCGAAGGGGUCCAUGACAAAGGCACUAUUUAUGACUACCCUUCAGUGGCGCAUCUCUCAGAACUCCUCUCAGCAAACAACAUUCAGCUUAUCUUUGCAGUCACAGAAGAGUUUGUUCCCAAUUAUGAGGCACUAAGUGAGCUGAUACCCCAGUCGGUGGUCGGGGUGCUGAAAGGUGACUCCAGUAACGUGGUCCAGCUCAUUUCAGAAGCAUAUGAGAACCUGUCCUCCAUAAUCCUCCUGCAGCACAUGCAGGUCCCACCCAGUCUGGAGCUUUCCUACAGCUCCUCAUGCAGUGAUGGAGUCCACACCCUGGGACAGAAGAGGGGCGAGUGCAACAAUGUCAGGAUCAAUGAUCAGGUAAACUUCACGGUGACUUUGAGCAGCUCUGCCUGUCUGCCAAAGAAGGAGACGUUUAUCAUCAAACCACGGGGCAUCAACGAGGUGCUGCGUGUGACCGUCGAGACACUGUGUGACUGUGACUGCCAGGACAGAGAGGAACAGUCCUCCUACUGCAGUGGCAAUGGGACACUCAGCUGCGGCCUCUGCAGCUGUGAUGAAGGGCACAUGGGACAGCAGUGCGGGUGCCAUCAGCAGCAGGAUGGGGACACCACACUGACACUGGAAGCCUUGUGCAGGCAGAUGAACAGCUCCCUCGUGUGCAGUGGGCAUGGCAGCUGUGAUUGUGGGCGCUGUGUGUGCCGGGGACAGUACACAGGCCAUUUCUGCCACUGUGACCCCACCAGCUGCAGCCGCCAUGGCAACAUGAUCUGUGGAGGUCGGGGGGUGUGCAACUGUGGCAUGUGUGAGUGCUAUGACCACUUUACUGGCCAUGCCUGCGAGUGCUCCACCCUCGUGGAUCAAUGCCAGACAGGGGACAGAGGGCUGGUGUGCACCCACCAUGGGCGCUGCAAGUGCAACCAGUGCCAGUGUGACUCUGGUUUUUACGGUGAACAUUGCGGGAAGCUAGAAGCACCCUGUCAAAAGUACCAGGACUGCGUGAGGUGCAUUGUGUCCAGUGAGGACAGUGGAAACAUCUCUCACACCUGUAAUGAGACCUGUGGGGCGUUCAAGCUGAUCCACUUCCCCGAUGCCCAACAGCUGCCCUGUCAGGAUGAGAGGGUCUUCUUUGAGGUGAAACUGGACACAGACACUGGCGACAUCGUGGUCACCUACAGUGACCACUCCGGCCUGUCUUUUCAGAUCAUAGUCUUCGCCGGGUGCAUGGCUACAGCUAUUGUCUCCAGUGGCAGCAUCUUCCUGAUCAUUUACUGGGUGAUCCUGCAGGUUCAAAACCAGAGAGAGUACAGACAGUUCCUGGAGAAACAGAAAAAUAUACAGUGA